CAUAGGAAAAGAGAAAGAAAGAGAGAAUGAAAAUGAGAUAGAAAAGAAGCAAAAGAAACUUAUAGACGAAAGGCAACCGUACAGAUAGGAAGUGUAUAAACAAAAUAGAGAGGAGACGCGAAAAUAGAUUGAAAGAAAGAGGAAGCAUAAUAAAAUUAGAUUGCCAUAGGGAGAGGAAUAAAGUGAGGAAGGGAUAGAAAUAUAGUUGCUGUCAAGUGAAAUUCAGUAAUACAGUAACAUAAAAUUUUGUAAUAUUUUGUUGUAAGAGCUAUCAUAACUUUUACACCUUUUGAAUCGCAGCUAUCAUUAUUUUCCUCGUUGCUUCUCUCUUGUUCCUCUCUCUCACACACACACACACGCACACAUACAUAUAUACAUAUGUAUGUUAUAUACACUCACACAGAUUUGUUUGUACACGUAUAUAAGCGUCACACCAACUUUCUAGAUUGCCAUUCUACUCCUUGGUAACUGCCAAAACAAUAACACAUGUGACGAAGACCGGACAGGACAUUUCGAUUUCAAACCACAAGGAGAGUUUAUAAAAGAAAUCACAGAAAACUGAACAAGACUAAACAAGAAAAAAAUAAAAAGGAAAAAGUUUUGUAACAUAUGUUUUUUGCUUUUAUGUCAUCGAUUGCUCCUGUCCCAAUUUUUGAAGUUAGCAUUACUAGGAAAAAGAAAAAAACCUGCUUGUAGAAGACCGUUUCCGCUAAAAUUCUUUUAGUCAUGGAUAUGGACAGAAUUGGUUUGUUCUCUGAAAUGAGUUACAUCACUAUUGGUGAUACUUAUAAAGAACAUAGACCUGGUCCACGCAUAAAAGGUAAAAAUUUUUAUGUUCCUGGUGAGAAAAAAAUAUCUGCUACACAAGCUGGUUAUUUCACGGAAACAUUUUCCCGUGUCAUGGAUGGGGAAGCUUAUUGUGAUCCAGUAAGGUUGGCACGCCAAUACAGACAGAAAGAGUCUAAGAAAAAUCUGGGAAAGGAAUUCAUUCCAAGUAGUGGAUUUAAAACAUCUUGUGGAGUUGGUUCUUACUAUGGAACAAUUGGUGGUCCAGUUCCUGCUCUGAGUCCAACACCAAAGCCUGCACCACCCUUCAAACCAUCUUUAAGAAAUAUUUUCACGAAUCCACCAAAAAAAGGCACUGGUUAUGGGACCAUUGGUACAGGGGGGUGGGCUCCCGGUUUCUGCUCCCUUGGCUCUCCUAUCCUUCACUACCUGGUCGUUCACCGGGUGAAAAAACAAGACAAAUAUUUCCAGAUUGAAGAGAAAUCAAAGUUCCAAAUGGAGGAGAACAUUCCAGAACACUACCGGAGAAUUAGCUGUCAGGAGGAAAGUAAAAAAGUGUGA